GGACACAUGCAGACGAACACAGACAUGGAGCGCGAUCAGAACAAAGUGAAGCGUUUCCUCAAGCUGGGUUACUCCCGCUCAGACAUCCUGCGAGUCCUGCAGACGCUGGAGCAUGACGCGCAGACCAACGACAUCCUCCAGGAGCUGAUCAAGACGUGUCGCACUAACGCCGCUGGAGCACCGGGGGCGCCGGAGAGCAGUCCUCAGCUCGUCCCGCGAGGAUGUGGCUCCUCGACACAGCACAAACACGUCGAUACCACACACGGCAACUCGCACUGCUCCAACCCCUUCAGGCCCGUGGUCAUAGACGGCAGCAAUGUAGCUAUAAGCCACGGGAAUAAGAAGGUGUUUUCCUGCCGGGGGAUCCAGCUGGCCGUGCAGUGGUUCUGGGACCGAGGGAUUCGCGACAUCACCGUCUUCGUUCCUCUGUGGAGGAAAGAACAGUCCAGACCCGAGGCUCCCAUCACAGACCAGCAGAUACUGGAUGAACUGGAGCGCAGGAAAAUCCUGGUGUACACGCCCUCGCGCUGCGUCAACGGCAAGCGGGUGGUAUGUUACGACGACCGCUACAUCGUCAAGCUGGCCUACAAAUCAGACGGCAUCAUCGUGUCCAACGAUAACUACCGUGACCUGCAGCUGGAGAACCAGAAGUGGAAGAAGUUCAUCGAGGAGAGGCUGCUCAUGUACACCUUCGCCAACGACAUAUUCAUGCCACCUGACGAUCCUCUUGGGAGGAACGGGCCGACAAUCGAGAACUUCCUGAGAAAGAAGCCUUUACCGUCUGAGACCAUGCUCCAACACUGUCCUUAUGGAAAGAAGUGCACAUACGGUGUGAAGUGUAAGUUCUAUCACCCUGAACGCUCCAACCAGCCGCAGCUUUCUGUGGCUGAUGAACUGAGAGCGAAAAGUCAGCCGUCCAGCGUAAUCGAAGAUUUUCCCCAGACCGGCGCCUUGUUUCCUCCGCUAAACCCCGACGAGCUGACUCGCACUUUUUCCGGUCUCGAUCUCUACUCUUCCCCACAUGAAAUACAAACUCCCAGCUACCUACAGAGGUCUCUUCCUGCUUUGUGCAAGAGCAUUAAAAGUGACCAGGCCUACGGCUCGCUGGAGAGCUCAAUGUCCCGCCUUUAUCUCAGUGACUCUGCCCUCCAGACCUCGCUAGCCUACAGCAGCGGGUGUAUGACCGGAAGCAGCAGCGAUUACUUCCUGUCCAGCGGUUCUAGCCUGCAGAACAGGCGAGCGCACAGUCCUGACGUGCCCUCACGCUGUUACAGCCCUGACCACCAAACGCUCUCACGCUGCCAACACGCCCACUCCGAUACAGGCCUUGGCUACGCUCACACUCUUUACCCAAACCACGGGUAUCAACAGUGCGCCCGCUACAGUAACAGUAACGCACCUUUCUGCAACGAGGCUCUACCUUAUCCUCAGUCCACACUCAUUCAGCCCAGGGUGAACUGGGGUCAAGGCCGAGUCGAAGUGACGGACGGGGACAACCUGACGGACAGGAGGAGGGACGUGAGGUCACAGCUCAGCACCAUUUUCCCUCAGAACAUCGUUGACCAGGUUAUGAGUUUAUAUCCACACAUACUGGAUACAAAAGAGCUGGUCAUGCUGAUCCAGAAAUACAGGAACAGCGCCUUGCUUUAAACUGAUCAUUAAACCACAGACGUGUACCGCAGCCAACGCCACAGACUCGUUCUGGCUUGUCAACCAUUAAAUCAGUUAGCUGUUUUGUUUUGUUUAGCCAGAGGCUCCUCUGUGGGGAAAUCUGAGUGAAUAGGAGAGGGGGUUUGAUCCGAUCUCUGAAGUCUUGCAAGUAGCAAAGAUGCAGCGUCACAUCCUGAUUAGAUUCAAAUCUAAAGCGGUUGCUUAAAGUCCUAAUAAAGUAAUCAUUUAAAUCGACCUCGGUUAUUUUUAUAUGCGAUGCAACUUUAUCUCUCUUCAGAUAUUUUAACCCAAAUGUCUUUCCCUCAACCUCAAACCACAUCCGGUGCUCCAGCGUUAUCUUCAAGCGCUCGCUGUUAGGACACAGAGGGACUUUCUGUAAUCUAUAAAUACCGACCAGACUUCCUUAAUGUAGCCUGAAAGUUAAGCAGGUGGCCAUUUUGGACCAAUGAAAGCACUUUCCUCCCCCCUAGUGUAGCCUGUGUAGUAGGUUCCACUCCUUCAAGUUAAUGGGAGUGAAGCUGUCGAGCUUUAAACUUCGGAUGGAUCAAAAUGACAGAAUUAUAUAUUGUAGCUUGUAUUUUACCAAAAAGUCCACUUUUCUGGCUUCAGAAUUCUGACGGUUGCAUGGGAGAGAGCAGUCAUGUGACACGUCGUACCUCUUUCUGUGAAAGUGGGUGACUUCUGACCGUGAUUUUAAUAAAGCUAAGCAAUACUAGGAAAUAGAAUAAGGCUUAGUUGUUGUUUUUACAUAAGCACCUGUUCCAUAUAGCAAAAUCCAUCACAUCAAUACAACAGUGUGUGCGCGUGUGUGAGUGAGAAUCUCCCGAUACUGUAAAAAGGACAUAUGAAUGUACUUGACCGGCUUCGAAGCCGUCGGCUGUAACGACUAUGAUGUAACAGUUGCUUGUUGAAUGUGAACAUGAAGGCUGACCUUUUCUGAGAGUCAAGACGUCGCCUCGCUCGACUCAAGAUGACGAUAACGAAUGAAUAAAUUAGUAAGCGGCGAGUGACCGAGACGGAGCGAUUUUGCCACCUCAAACUGAGGGAGCAUGUGACUACUAGCUGAGAUAGCUGUGAUGUAGCUAAGAUUAGCAAAAUCCUUUAUGCUGUUUGUAUUUGUUGCAACAUGCUUUAAAUUUGUUACAAACUAAUAA